CAGUCGGAGAGGAGAGGAGAACUAAUUUGUGUGCUUUAAUUAAUUUCUCAUUAAAGAAAGAGCGGUUGCGGGUGAGAAUGGUGAAGCAGACCAUACAGAUAUUUGCUCGCGUUAAACCGACAAACAAAACAACUGCGGUGUACUCUGUGGAUAAUGAGGAGCAGAACGGAGGCAGCUUGGAGUUCGUAGUUCCAAGAGAUCUUGCAGAUGGCUUCAUCAAUAACAAGAGGGAGAGCUACAGAUUCAGGUUUCAGAACGUUUUUGAUCAAACAUCCAAGCAAGAGGAAAUCUUUGAGGCAAUUGCAAAGCCUGUGGCUGAUACUGUGCUGGCAGGGUACAAUGGUACAAUCUUCGCCUAUGGACAGACUGGCAGUGGAAAGACGUUCACCAUCACGGGUGGAGCUGAGCGCUACAGUGACCGUGGAAUCAUCCCCAGAACUCUGUCUUACCUGUACCAGCAUUUCAGCCAGGACUGCAGCAUGGUGUAUACCACACACAUAUCCUACCUGGAGAUCUACAAUGAGGUGGGAUACGACCUUCUGGAUCCACGACACGAAGCAUCCAAUCUGGAGGACUUACCGAAGGUGACGAUAAUGGAAGAUCCUGAGCAGAACAUUCACCUCAAGAAUCUGUCAUUACAACCAUCAGCCAAUGAAGAAGAGGCUCUAAAUCUGCUUUUCCUGGGCGACACCAAUCGCAUGAUUGCAGAGACCCCAAUGAAUCAGGCCUCCACACGCUCUCACUGCAUCUUCACCAUUCACGUGUGCAGCCGUGAGCCAGGAUCAGCCACGUUACGACGCUCCAAGCUGCACCUGGUGGACCUGGCCGGCUCCGAGAGGGUGGGAAAGACCGGUGUGGGAGGCCAGAUUCUCACUGAGGCCAAGUACAUCAACCUGUCUCUACACUACCUUGAGCAGGUCAUCACAGCUCUGUCAGAGAAGAAUCGCUCACACAUUCCUUACCGAAACUCCAUGAUGACCUCUGUGCUCAGAGACAGCUUGGGGGGCAACUGCAUGACCACGAUGAUCGCCAUGGUGUCAGUGGACAAGAGGAAUGUUGAUGAGUCAAUCUCUACCUGCCGUUUUGCCCAGCGAGUGGCCAUGAUAAAAAACGAAGCUCUCCUCAACGAGGAGCUGGACCCAUCGCUGAUGAUCAUUCGUUUGAAGAAGGAAAUCCAGUGCUUAAAAGAGGAGCUAGCUUUGGUGACUGGAGAGCAAAGAAGUGAUCAGCUGACUCAAGAAGAGAUCCAGAGGAUUGAAGACCAGCUUAAGGUGUUUCUCGAUGACCCUGACCCGGAAAUGACUCUGGAACUAGGACCAGAUACGAGAAAAAUCCAGCACUGCUUUUGUUUCUUAAAGGCGAGGCUGCGGGAGAAACCGAAUACUCCAAACGGAGCUGGUGAUAUUAGUCCUCUCCCAUCGUCAAGCAUCACAGACAAGCCAGACAGCCCAGCCAAUAGAGAGCUGCUCAAACUGAAGGACAUGCUAACCCAGCGUGACAACGAGAUCAGUAUUCUAGUGAGCAUGCUGAAGAAAGAGAAGCGGAAGGUUCAAGAAGCCAACAGUCAAUUAGCAAAAUUCAGCGGCUCCCAAAGCUCACUCCGAUCACCAUCCUCUAGCACUCAUGCUGAGAAAAGCUUAAAGCAUGAAGCUUCAGAGGACUCCGUACAUGCCGGACGUGUCAAGUGCAAGCAAAAAGGAGCAGAGCUGUCUAUGGGACGACAGGAGGCAUUUGAAAUAUUUAGGACCGAGCAUGAGGAUAAUAUAACUAUUGAAGACAACAAGGUCAUACUGAAACAGAGGUUUGCAGAGGCUAAAGAACUGGGUGAGCAGGUUAACCAGGCCAGGAGCAGAGUCAAUGAGCUGAAGAAGCAGUUGGAGAGUAGAAGGAUGCAGAUGGCAGCACAGGGUGUAAUGGGGAAUCAGCCAAAUCCAGAAUCGGAUCCUGUAGAGGAGAGACUCCGGAACCAGAUUGAAGAGGAGAAGAAAAGAUAUAAGAGCACUUUUGAACGUUUAAAAGGCUUGAAGACAGAGAUUGAACAUCUACAGCACCUGCUUCAGAGGUCAAAGGUCAAACUGCAGAAGGACUUCGAGGACUGGUGGACUCAGGAGGCAGCAAGGCUACAGCAGAAUCAAUCCUCAGAGAGCACAAGAGCAGGGCGGAACCAGGACAACUCUCACUGCACUCCUUCAUCCAGUUCACUGCAUGAUCACCAGUUCGAUAACCAAGAAAGAGCACAAAGACACCAGCCUACUCCACCAACAAGAGAACUCAGAUCCUUGUCCUCUGCUGGCCUUGCCUCAACAUCUAUCCCACUGACUGGAGACCAACAGACUGACGCAGAUAUAUUGGCCUUCAUCAAAGCCAGACAAAAUCUGCUCACCAGAACAGGUUCUUCUAAAUUAAGGACAAGAACAGCUUUAGACCACACCUGAUUUGUUAGCUGAGAUUCAGAUGCUUCUUCAUUACUAGAGGUCAGCUCUACAUCACUCAUGAGCUACAAUGGAAAUAACAAGAGAGGAAUGAUUUUGAAAAGUAGCAUGACGCUUCAAAGUGCUCUCAAUGAAGAGCCAUGCAUUUAAAUUAGCACUGUGUGAUGAGCAUCUUCUUGCAAGCCCAUUUCCAACUUUUUUCACGUGCUUCCAGCUGACAGAAAGCGAAAAGCAGAAUGGGAUCGCUAGGAAAUCUAAAUAGAGGAUACACAAGGAUGCUAAGAGAGCUAGAUAAAAGCCUCUUAGAAAAUGAAGUGCAACCAGUUCAUCAACUUCAUGGAAUAAGUAGGAAUUAUAAUACUGUUAUAAUGUAACUGUUUAGUUUCAGUACAUAUACUUUUUUUUUUUUUUUUACCAGGUCAGUGAACUGGUGUUAAAUUGGCAAGGGUAUACAUUGAUUUCUAAUGCUACUGGUCUACGUAUAAACCAACUGAGAUGCACCAGAUAAUGUGAAGAUAAAUAAAUGUUUAAACAAGAAGCUAUACCUGUUGAGAGGUAGCAGGGUCUUCACUGAUCCUCUUGUCCUCCUUAAACGGUAUCUGUAACAAAAUUGCAUGUAUAUACAAACUUCAGACUUUUUUUUGUUUUGUUACUAUGAUUAAAAAAAAAGAAAAAAAAAAUGUAGUUGGAAAUGAACGGAUUUCAAUGUGAAGUUUAAUAUAUGUAGAAUUCUGUGAUCUAUAAGGAAAACUGUGUUAAUUGAAUCAGGGACCCCGGAGCAACGAGGCAGCAACACUACAGACUGCAACACAGCGUGUUGAUUCAGCAAUAUAAAUAGGUUUGAUCAUUAAGAGACUUAAC